AUGGGAGCCCAAUUGCUGCGUACGGGCAGACUGCCUGCUGUCAGAUCGCUUGCCUCUUCUGUUGGCCGUCCCUCAAUAGCCCGCCGUCAUCUCGCGACCCAAGCCGAUCUCUCUACCACGCCCUCCGCAAACGAUCUGGCCAGCCGCACACCGCCAUACCCCAAGCUGCUGCAACGACUAGACCAAGUCCGCCGUAUCUUGCCCAACCGCCCCCUCACACUCGCCGAGAAAAUCCUCUAUUCACAUCUCGAGUCUCCCGAAGAAUCCCUCUUGACCAACACAAACAAUGGCAAAGACAUCCGUGGCCAAGCCAACCUCAAACUCAAGCCCGACAGAGUUGCCAUGCAAGAUGCCUCUGCCCAGAUGGCCCUGCUGCAAUUCAUGUCGUGCGGCCUUCCCACCACCGCUGUCCCUGCCAGUAUCCACUGCGACCACAUGAUUGUUGGAGAAAGAGGUGCAGAUGUAGACUUGCCCCAGUCAAUCAAGGGAAACAAGGAGGUCUUUGACUUUUUGGAGAGCGCGGCAAAGAAGUACGGUAUCGAGUUCUGGCCUCCCGGUGCUGGCAUCAUUCACCAGAACGUCCUCGAAAACUACUCGGCUCCCGGUCUGAUGAUGCUCGGAACAGACUCGCACACUCCCAAUGCCGGUGGUCUCGGCGCCAUUGCUAUCGGUGUCGGUGGUGCCGAUGCUGUUGAUGCUUUGGUUGACGCUCCUUGGGAACUCAAGGCCCCCAAGAUCCUCGGUGUGAGACUUGUAGGCCAGCUCAGUGGUUGGGCCAGUCCCAAGGAUAUCAUCCUCAACCUUGCCGGUCAGCUCACGGUCCGUGGUGGUACUGGCUACAUUGUCGAGUACUUUGGUCCCGGUGUCGAGACUCUUGCCACGACCGGUAUGAGCACAGUCUGCAACAUGGGAGCUGAGGUCGGCGCGACGACAUCCAUCUUCCCCUUCACCAAGGCCCACAUCCCUUACCUUCAUGCCACUCACCGUGGCCCCAUCGCUCUGGCUGCCGAGAAGAUUGCAAACUCUCCUGAUGCCAACAACCUCCUUCGCGCCGACAGUGGCGCCCAGUACGACAAGGUCAUUGAGAUUGACCUCAGCACUCUCGAGCCCCAUGUUAACGGCCCAAUGACCCCCGAUCUUUCCACCCCUCUCUCCAUGUUCCGCGAGACCGUCAAGGCCAACAACUGGCCCGAAACUCUUGGUGCUGGUCUGAUUGGAUCCUGCACAAACUCUUCCUACCAAGACAUGACCCGUGCCGAGUCUCUGGUCAAGCAGGCCACUGCUGCCGGUCUCCAGCCCAAGGCUGACUUCUUUAUCACCCCUGGUAGCGAGCAAGUUCGCGCUACUCUCGAGCGUGACGACACCUUGAGCACUUUCAACGAUGCUGGUGGUGUAAUUCUUGCCAACGCUUGCGGUCCUUGCAUUGGUCAGUGGACCCGUACCGACGGUGUUGAGAAGGGUACCGAGAACGCCAUCUUCACAUCCUACAACCGUAACUUCCGUGGUCGCAAUGAUGGAAACGUCAAGACCAUGAACUUUAUCGCCAGUCCCGAACUCGUCACUGCCAUGGCCUACAGUGGCAACACCACCUUCAACCCCAUGACUGACUCUAUUCCUCUUCCUAACGGUGGCGAGUUCCGUUUCGACCCUCCUCAAGGUCGUGAUCUGCCCUCUACCGGUUUCGCUCAAGGCAACCCCGAGUUCCUUCCCACUCCCGGUCAAGCCGAUGCCAGCGUCCAAGUCCAGGUCGACCCCAACUCCACUCGUCUUGCUCUUCUCGAACCUUUCGCUCCCUUCCCCAAGACCGAACUCGAGGGCCUCCGUGUCCUCGUCAAGGUCAAGGGCCAAUGCACAACCGACACCAUCUCCGCCGCCGGCCCCUGGCUCAAAUACAAGGGUCACCUCCCCAACAUUGCCGAAAACACCCUCAUCGGCGCCAUCAACGCCGAGACCGGCGAGACCAACAUCGUCUACGAUGUCAACGACACCGAGUCCCGCAGCAACGGCAUGGGCAUCCCCGCUCUUGCAAAGAAGUGGAAGGAUCAAGGCAACGAAUGGCUGGUUGUUGCCGAACACAACUACGGCGAGGGCUCUGCUCGCGAACACGCCGCUUUGCAACCACGCUACCUCGGUGGCCGCAUCAUUCUCUCCAAAUCCUUCGCUCGCAUUCACGAGACCAACCUCAAGAAGCAAGGUGUGGUGCCGUUGACUUUUGUCGAUGAAGCUGAUUACGACAGAAUGGCUGCUUGUGAUGAGGUGAGCACUGAAGGCUUGCUUGAUGUGCUUAACUCUGGUGGCCAGGGUAAUGUUACGUUGGUUGUCAAGACCAAGGCUGGCGAGACGAUCAGAGUUGCUACUAAGCAUACUCUUUCCAAGGAUCAGUGUGCGUUUGUGCUUGCUGGUUCGGCAUUGAACUUGUUGGCUGCCAAGGCUGGUAAGGGUGCCGCUACUGCAUAG